AACAUGUUGCUGCUGUCGCUGCCGCUGCUGUGUGUCGCUCUGGCGGCCGCCUCGCCCAACAUCGAGGCUUCCGUGAGCCGCCAUCCCGCCGUACCGCCGGCGGUGCGCGUGCGUAGUUUCGUCGAGCGUCGGCAGCUAGAGCCGACUUGGCCCGCUCCGACGCCGUCGCCCUGGUUCAAGUGCCCGACCCAGUUCGGCCUGUACCCGGACCCGUACGACUGCAGCAGCUACUUCCAGUGCUCGUACGGCACGCCGUUUGAGGAGCACUGCCAGCCAGGCCUGCAGUAUAACCCGAUGGCCAUGGCGUGCGACUUCCCGGGCAACAUCAGCCCGCCCUGCGUGCCUAAGCCGUACCCCACCGACCCGCCCGCCGCCGUCGACGAGUAGCGGCGCAGACGGGCCGACCACGGUCGGCCGCCCACUCGCAGCCGCCGCCGAGCGAUGUUCGGGAGCAUGCUGUCGGCGCUUUCCCGCCCUUCAGCGCGUCCCCGUCGACGUCGACGCAUCGGAGACGGUGUCGGAGGUGGCUGGUCGUCGGAGGUCGUCGCGUCGGUGGCGAACGGUGGUUGACGUUGUUGGGGGUGCCCGCGGGAUGGGGAAGGGGAGGGGAUGUUCAGGCCGCGCGGUAUUGGCGAUCUUCGUUUUCUGGAGGCUAGCGUGAAAAAAACGAGCCACCGUUGUGAUUCACAGUUGUUUUCAAGGUGUCUUAAACUUGUUUUCCUGUCGGCUUUUGACGAAAC